AUGACAAACACACCAACCCCUCACCCAUCACAGCUCCCCCCACCCGACACCACCACUCCAACGUACACCGCCUUUCUUAACGCCACUAUGAGCAACACUAGUGUCCAAAAAGCCUCACCAACUUCCACACCGAAUCAAGCCAUUACCUCCCAACACUCCAGUGGCUCCAACUCUACUAGCUCAAAAUAUUGCCAUGUGCCUUUGCCUGAGAACAUUCCUCUCCUUGUUACCAGUAAGAGACUCGAAGCCAUGAACCUCACCUAUCAACCGGGAAUUGCCACCCCCACGGGUUCAAAGGCCUCAAGGAAGAGAAGCAAGCCUGACUCAAAGGAAAAAUUCAAAAGGCAAACUGAAAUGGUUAAUGGAGAGCUUCGUCAUCAAAUCAAGCGUUCCCGCUCCGACAUCCCUCAAGCCACAGAGAUUUCAUCUGGAAGCGCAGGCCUUGCCACCGAGCAGGCCUGCCCGCCGCCAUGA